AUGACGCGCUGGGAGAACCUCAGCGAAGAAGACGAGGAUGAGCCGGUGCGCGACGAGGUCAUCGAAGAGUCCCAGGUCCUGGAAGACGAGGUGGAAGUCUCUGAGGGCCUCACCCUCGACCGAGGCUACAUCUCUCCUUACUUCGUCACCGACUCCCAGCGUCUCGUGGCAGAGCUGAAGAAGCCACGGGUUCUGGUCACAGACCAAAAGCUCUCCGAUGCUUAUGAUAUCCUCACCUUGCUUGAGGACUUGCUAAAGACCAAGCAACCCAUCUUCAUCAUCGCAGAUGAUGUGACCGGAGAGGCAUUACAGACCUUGGUGCUGAACAAGCAGCGGGGCAUUUUGGACGUGGUCGCCAUCAAGGCACCGGCCUUUGGUGCACGGAAGACUGCGAUUUUGCAGGACAUCGCCCUAGCCACAGGCGCAGAGUUUAUCAACUCAGAGCUGGGCAUGACACUGCAGGAUGCCACGGUCGACCAGCUGGGCACCUGCGAGAAGGUUGUGGUUGAGAAGGAGAAGGCGGUUUUGGUCACAGAUGGCUCCCAUGCCGACUCGGUGAAGGAGCGCAUCGUUCAGUUGGAACAGCUGCUGGAGGACACGGACAGCAGUUACGAUCAGGAGAAGAUUCAGGAGCGGAUCGCCUCCCUCGGCGGUGGCGUGGCGAAGAUCAAGGUGGGAGGUGCCACCGAGACGGAGAUGAAUGACAAGAAGCUCCGCUACACCGACGCCAUCAGCGCGGUGCGGAGUGCCAAGGAGAUGGGGAUUGUCCCUGGCGGCGGCAGCGUGCUGCUGUACCUCUCAUCGGGCAAGUUCGUGGAGGCUGUCCAGAAGGACCUGCGGACCGAAGAUGAAAAAAAGGGCGCUGAACUGGUUUUCAAGUCGCUCCAGGCACCCAUCCGACAGAUCGCGCGGAAUGCGGGCGAGGACCCCAGCGAGGUGGUCUUCUCCCUGCGGGGUAAGGAUUUCGGCUAUGGCUACAACGCCGCCACCAAGGUCUACGAGGACCUCUUGAAGGCUGGCGUCGUGGAUCCCGCGAAGGUGGUCAUCAACUCCGUGGUGAAUGCCGCCUCGAUCGCCGGCAUGGUGCUCACCACCGACGCUGUGGUCACCGACCUCCCGACCACUCCACCACCCACGCCUGCGGGCGGUGGCAUGGGCGGUGGCAUGGGCGGCAUGGGUGGUAUGGGUGGCAUGGGCGGCAUGUAUUGA